GGUGACAUCACGGCGCCCAGAGCGAGGCUGGGGUAGGGAGGCCGACUUAGCUGGAAUCGUCCGCUGGUCGUGGAGGCUGCUAGGGAGCCGGCGAGGGGGUGAGCAGGCGAGCAGACGAGCGAGCUAGAGCAGGCAGGAGGGAGCGUUGCGCGGCGCAGAGUAGCGCCGGGGCCGGGCCGCGAAGGAACCUACAACCGGAGAGGGGCAACCCGAGCCGGGCGCCGCGGGUCCCCACCCCCACUCGGCCGGACAGUGCCCGGUGUUCCCCCGUGCGGGGGGCGGCGGCGGCUGACUGGACCCGACAGGACCGCGGGGGUGUUGCCACCUCCACCGAGAAGCCGGCGCGGCCGCGGGCUCCUCAGAGCCGGGGCCCGAGGCCCGUGACAGACGGGCCGAGGAAGGAAGGGAGGCGGCGGCGGCGGCGCAGGCGACGGGGAGGCAGCGGCGACACCAUGUCAUCCCCCAGUCCGGGCAAGAGGCGGAUGGACACGGAUGUGGUCAAGCUCAUUGAGAGUAAGCAUGAGGUCACCAUCCUGGGAGGACUCAAUGAAUUCGUAGUGAAGUUUUAUGGACCACAAGGAACACCAUAUGAAGGCGGAGUGUGGAAAGUUAGAGUGGAUCUUCCUGAUAAAUACCCUUUCAAAUCUCCGUCUAUAGGAUUCAUGAAUAAAAUUUUCCAUCCCAACAUUGAUGAAGCGUCAGGAACUGUGUGUCUAGAUGUAAUUAAUCAAACUUGGACAGCUCUCUAUGAUCUUACCAAUAUAUUUGAGUCCUUCCUGCCCCAGUUGUUGGCCUACCCCAACCCCAUAGAUCCUCUGAAUGGUGACGCCGCGGCCAUGUACCUCCACCGACCAGAAGAGUACAAGCAGAAGAUUAAAGAGUAUAUCCAGAAGUAUGCAACGGAGGAGGCACUGAAAGAGCAGGAAGAGGGCACCGGUGACAGCUCAUCGGAGAGUUCUAUGUCUGACUUUUCGGAAGAUGAGGCCCAGGAUAUGGAGUUGUAGUAGCAAAAGCACCUGCUUUUCAGAAAGACUAUUAUUUCCUAACCAUGAGAAGCAGACUAUAAUAUUCAUAUUUAAACAAAGCAAUUUUUUUUAUUACUAAACAAGGUUUUUAUGAAUAAUAGCAUUGAUAUAUAUAUAUUAUAUAUCACCCUUUAGAUCUUGAUUUCUUGGUCAUUUCUCAACCUGAGGUGCAUAGCAUAUCCCCACAUUCCAUUUUGGUAGCAGUAUGCGGUCCGAAUGCAUGCAUUCAUAAGUCCAUUUGGCCAAGUCAGCCUGUGUGCUGCUGAACUGUCAAAAGAAAUAGCCGCUCUGAUAGAUAGACACGAGUAAAAAUAACAGGAAAAAGUUGCUUCUUUUAUUGAUGGUUCCAAAGAAACAAACCAAACCAACCAGCUCUUGGAUGUGAAGCUAGGAUAGUGCUUUUUCAAAAUGGACAGGAAAACACUGGGGAGGAGAGGCCAGCCGUGUGCCUCCCUGGGGUUCCUAGGUGGCCCCGUUUCUGUGGAGUAACAGUGUGGACAGGGAGCGAAUUGGAGUAGUGAAACCUAAAACAAUUUUUGCCUCAGAUUUUGAGUACAUUUUUAUAUGUAGAUUCCUGCCCUUCUGGCUGCCCGGCCCUACAGCCACGAGUGUAUUGCUUUGGAGAACCUUUGGAAAGUGUUUUCUGAACCCGAUUCUUUCUCCUGGGGUAGAGCUUGUAACCCAGACCUUGUCUGCGAGGACAGGACAGGAAGAGAAGAGGGACCGGGAGGGUGUUUCCUCUCGCCCAGCUCGUACGGAGCCGCAUCCUCGUCCUGUUGGUGGCCACUCUGAGACCGCUGCCCUGGACUAAGAGCUUUAAAUCAGAGGGUGGUUGUGGGUUAUUUUUGUUUGGGGGGUUUGUUUGGGUUUUUUGGUGUGUGUGUGAAUUGUGCUUAGACAGGUUGCAAAUUCAAUAUUCACCUGCCAAGAGAUGGCCGCCUCCUCGGACAGCCCGUCAGUGGACCAUUAGACUCGGGAAGAAGACCCGUCUGGCAGCCGUGACUCCUGGGCGCGCUCACUCACGUCUUGGUUUUGGUUUUCCUUCUGCGGCUGCUCUGGGUGGCGGCCCGGUCAUCAUCUGCUUGCUGGGGUGGGAAAUGGGUGUUUUAGACCGAGCACAUUCUGAAUUUCAAAUGAGGAAUCAUUGGAACAAAUAAAGGUUCUUGUACCCAAAGUGACUCUACGUGGGGAAAACCAACACAGUUUUUUUUUUCAGAGUGUGACUGAGUAGAGGAAAGGAUUC